CCUGGGGCACUUCGAGUGACUUGGGUGGUGGCAGCCCUUCCUUCCUGGCCCCAGGUCUCCAGAUCUCCAGUGUCCCCACAGGUGAGGCCACCAAUAGUCACACCCUCAUGAUGGAGGCCAUCAAGAAAAAGAUGCAGAUGCUAAAGCUCGACAAGGAGAGUGUUCUGGACCGGGCUGAGCAGGCUGAAGCCGAGCAGAAGCAGGCGGAGGAAAGAAGCAAGCAGCUAGAGGAUGAGUUAGCAACCAUGCAGAAGAAGCUGAAAGGGACGGAGGACGAACUGGACAAGUAUUCCGAAGCGUUAAAGGACGCCCAGGAGAAGCUGGAGCUGGCAGAGAAGAAGGCAGCUGAUGCGGAAGCUGAGGUGGCCUCCUUGAACCGCAGGAUCCAGCUGGUUGAAGAGGAGCUGGACCGCGCCCAGGAGCGCCUUGCCACUGCUCUGCAGAAGCUGGAGGAAGCGGAAAAGGCUGCUGAUGAGAGUGAGAGAGGCAUGAAGGUGAUUGAAAACCGGGCUCUAAAAGACGAAGAGAAGAUGGAGCUCCAGGAAAUCCAGCUGAAGGAAGCAAAGCACAUCGCAGAGGAGGCAGACAGGAAAUAUGAGGAGGUGGCUCGUAAAUUGGUGAUUAUUGAAGGAGACUUGGAACGCACAGAAGAACGAGCCGAGCUGGCAGAGUCUAAGUGUUCUGAGCUGGAGGAGGAACUGAAGAAUGUCACCAACAACCUCAAGUCUCUUGAGGCUCAGGCGGAGAAGUACUCUCAAAAAGAAGACAAGUAUGAAGAAGAAAUAAAGAUUCUUACUGAUAAACUCAAGGAGGCAGAGACCCGUGCUGAGUUUGCUGAAAGAUCGGUAGCCAAACUGGAAAAGACCAUUGAUGACUUGGAAGAGCGCCUCUACAGCCAACUUGAGCGAAACCGCCUGCUUUCUAAUGAGCUGAAGCUAACGCUGCAUGAUCUGUGUGACUGAUGGGCAGGGCUCCCUGGGGCCCAGUGAACCCACACCACUGACCUGGACCCCAGCAAAAGGCUGAUGGCCUUUAAAAAGUUACCGUUUUGCCCUAAGCAAGUUGCUUUUUAAGGAGGGCAGUUAGUAUACUGUUGAUUUCCUGGCAGCCCCCAAGGAGGUGCAGUGACUAUUUCUGUUCUAGAAGAGACUGUGGGUGAUGAAGAAGGGGCCCGGGAGAUGUAGUGGGGAGCCCUCUCACCUGGGCACCGACUGUAGGGUUUGCUCUCCUGCAUGGAUAUUUUCUAACAAUAAAAAGACUGACUGACAAGAUGUUGUAACUGCU